CCUUCUUUUCUUCUUCACUACCAUCACUACUACUCUCUCUUCCUCUCUCUCUCUCCCACAACAACCACACACUCUCUAAUACUUCUUAAUAUCAAUCACUCACUCAACACCUCACGACUCUCACGUUUACACGAAUAAACACACAAAAAAACCUUCCCAACAAAAUGAAAUCUUUCUUCGCCAUUGCUGCCCUCUCUGCUCUUGGAGCCCUCGCUCAGAGUUUCAGCAUUGCCACGCCUCCUUCGCUCGUGCAAUGCCAACCGGCUCAGAUCACCUGGGUCGGUGGUACAGGCCCCUUCAUCCUGGCUGCCAUCCCCGCCAGUCAAGUCUCGGCUCCUGCCAUCGAGCAGAUCGCAGAUGGCAUCACCUCCAGUCCUUACACUUGGAAAGUCAACCUCGCCGCCAACACAGCAAUCACAAUCAAGAUAACAGACGCGCAGGGUAACAUCGCAUACUCAUCCGCCGUCACGGUCCAGACAAGCUCGGACUCGUCUUGUGUCGGUGCUGCUGCGUCCGCCGCCUCAUCCGGUUCUGCGACCUCCGCCGCUGUAGCCAGCUCUGGCGUAGCUAGCGCCUCCCCUAUCAGUACCGCCGGCACGACUACUUCUGCCGCUGCUGUUGUCGGUGGAUCUUCGGGUUCGGCAUCUGCCACCUCUGUCAGCGCUCGCACUUCUGCCUCUGGCACCACUUCGUCUGCUUCCACCUCGAAGGCAUCUGGUUCGUCCGCCCCAUCGGCCUCUUCCAGCAACACGGGCGCCGCCGACCGCGUAUCCUCUUUCGGUCUCCCCGCCCUCGUCCUUGCCGGUGUCGGAGCUUUGAUCGCCGUCGUCUAAACAACCUUGGUGGAAUAUUCUCCAGUCGCUUGAUGCUCUCGUGCUAGUAGACCACUUAUGUACAUCACGCAUACACUCUUAAGUCUCUUUUCAGAGGACAUUGAACUUCUGCAUGCACCGUGUUUGCGGUCCUA